GCCAACAUGUCCGUUCAGCUCGCAAAGAUUACGGAUAACGAUAAUUGAUCUGAGGAUCAACUGUCUAACUAUAAACAGUAUUACUUUCUGAUGGAACAGUCGAAAAUAAUAGUUGGGCGUAAUUAGAAACCGCGCAAUAUAAAUAUCAAAAUUAGAAGUGACCAGAGCGUAUAUUGGGCUUAUACUAGUAUCGUCUAUAGUAAUUAUAUUGUUUAUUUUGAUGCGCAAGGAACAGUACAAAGGAGACAAAGCCAAACAAGGAAACGCUGACUAGAUUAAUUUUACCUUUGUCUCACCUGACCGAUCCUGUCGUUUCGGUUUGAUUAAGAUCAUAUUAACUUUGCGGCUAUGCCUCUUAGGCGACCAAAUACGAAUAAUGACACCAAAGAAGCUAAGAUAUUAGCUAACAGAUACGAAGUUGUGAAGAAACUAGGAAGUGGGAAUUUUGGAACUGUAUUUGUCUGCAAAGAUCGACAAAAUACUGAAGAGGAUAAAGUUGUGAAAGAAAUAUAUGUUGGUGAUUUACAGCCAGACGAAACAGUUGAUGCUAACCAUGAAGCACGAUUACUCUCCAGAUUAAAACAUCCAAAUAUUGUGAAAUACUUUGAUAGUUUUGUUGACACUGGUGGGGAAUAUUUCUGUAUAAUUACUGAAUAUUGUGAGGGAGGGGAUCUAGAUGUAAAAAUUACAGAAGUAAAGAAGAAAAAAAGUCAUCUGGAUGAGUCAACUGUUUUAAAUUGGUUUGUUCAGUUAGUAUUGGCUGUAAAAUACUUGCACAGUCAGCGAGUUCUACACCGGGAUUUAAAAGCUAGAAACAUAUUUCUGCGAAAAAAUAAAGUAAAAAUCGGUGAUUUUGGUAUAUCUCGAAUACUGAUGAGUGCUUCUGAUUAUGCUUCUACUUUCACUGGAACACCAUUUUACAUGAGUCCUGAAGUUUUAAAACAUGAGGGCUAUAAUUCCAAGUCAGAUAUAUGGUCUGUUGGUUGUAUAUUAUAUGAAAUGUGUGCCUUGGAACAUGCAUUUGAUGGACAGGGUCUGAUGGCAAUAAUGUACAAAAUAGUUGAGGGGGUGCCUCCAGACUUGCCAAAGAGAUAUUCAAAACAAUUAAAUGAUGUUUUUAAAGGAAUAAUUAUCAAGGAGCCUGAGAAACGACCAAGUGCAACAGAAAUAACCCACAUACCAUUUAUUGCUCAACAUAUGUCUCAAAUGAAAGAUAUACUAUCAGAUGAAGUUCACUGUAAAAGUGAUCCAGGCACUAUAGAUGCUAGAGACUUUCAUAGAUAUGUUUCUGAGAAAGCACAUUUAGGAGAGAUGCAACCUAAGAAACAGCCACAAAAGAAAGAAAAAUUAUUGACACCAUCAGAAAGAAUGAAACUCAACAAGCUACGUAAAGUUGAAGAGGAAAGAAGCAGAUUAAGUCAACAUGCAAAGGAAAACUUCCUGGAAAAUCAAGAAAGAAAAUCUGAAAUCCGGAACACCAUGUCUAAAACUAUUGCACCAGUGUGGGUAGGUGGAGAAGGAGAAGGGGAAAGUAUAAAGAAAAUGCUGUCCCGUGGCUCUGCUAAGAUUCACAAAGAACGCCAAGCUACUACUCUAUCUGAAGCAGAUUUAAUAAGAAGAUUGUGUAGUCGAGAUGAUAAUGAAGAUGAAACUGAUGAUUAUCAUCAACAAAGUUACACACUAAAUAGUAGACCUUCUUUGUUCGAAGAUCGACCAAUUACUCCCAUGAAAAAUACAAUGGUUUACGACAGACUACAUUCUACUCUGGAUUUUGAAGAUGGAAUUCCAAAAGAUCCAGAUCUAGCUGAGACGUAUUAUUCUCAGUAUGAUGAUGAAUUUGAAAACCCAGAAUCGCCAUCAAUCAGUACACCUGAUGAUGAUGAUGAAGAUGAAAAAACUAUUGUAAACAAAGGAAAUACAGUUUAUGAAAAAGCCAAUUCAACAGCUGCUUGGGAUAAUGGGGAAAGAACAUUUGCAGGAGAUGAAACACAGGAUUUGAUUGGUUGUUUAGAGGGGGCAUUACAUUCAAAUGUUAAUGAAACUGUUGUAAAUGAUGAUACAGGAUUUUGUGGACCUGCUAGCCGUGAAUUAAGAAUACAAAAUAUGAGAGAACAAUGUAUUAAAAAGCUUGGUGCUGUAAAAUUUGAAGAAGUGUAUGAAUUUAUUAAGAAAGAAAGAAGCAAAGAUAAAUUAAAUACAACCAAUAUAGCGAAAGGUUUAAAGAAACUAGUGAAAAAUGUUUAUGAUUGCUUUUUGGUGGAACAACUAUAUUUCUAUGAAACAGAAACAUAAUAGUAUGUUGCCAUUAAUUAAUGAAAGAUAAAGAUACUGCUGACAGAAAUAGAUUUUAUAUUCUCAGGCAUUAUAGUUUAAUAUACGGUAAUCAAAUGAACGGUCAUACAUUUCUAGGUAGUCAAAUUAUUUUGUAGUUGGUGAGAAAGAUCUCAACCUUUCUGAGUUGAGCUUUGAAACUUCUGACAGUAGAAAUCCAAAACUAUGACUGACAAGUUUGGACAGUUAUUUUUUUCACUGAUUUAAAUCUGUAUCUGUAGGGCCUGUAUACCUAAUAAUGGUAUGAAACAUACAUUUGUUACUGAAUAAGAUUUGACAAGAUUUAUUUUUAUAUGCAGUACUCAUUGUGAUUGGAUAAACAUGUGGAAAUGGUCUAUCUAAAACUAAUCCAAAAUUUAGAUACUAAUUUCACUGCAUGUUUGUUUCCUUGUUAUAAAGAUUGAGGUCAUUUAAAAUGUGUUUAGAUUGUAUAUUAAUAAUUUAUGAAUUGUUCAAAUACAAUAAAUCACAAGACUUAGUACCUAGAUCUACCAUAUUUAUUGGUUUAUAUGUAGAAAUCACAAUUGAAUGUAUGUAAAUUUGAAAUAAAUCUAUUUUAAAGUUUUAUUUUGACCUAAUAUCAAAUUGAUAAAAUUGCAGUCCCUAUUUACAGAUAGCAGUUUAAACAAAAAAUAGAUUUCCUUAUGAUCAGUGAAAAACCAAAUUAAAAAACAGAAACUGCUUGUUAUCAUAUUUAUCAAUGUAAAUCAUUAAAGGUGAUUAAUAUAUUUAUUAUAUAAUUGUGAUUUUUUGCUCAAUACAACAAAAGUCUCACAAGAACUUAUUAUACUUGGUUGUGAAUAGUUAAUAAACAGGUAUUUGUUGUGUUAGUUUUUUGUUUGUGUAAAUCAUUAUCUCUGUGUGUAGUUGGUGGAAAAAUUUAUACUUGUAUAAUUCCAUGUUUUGGGAAUAAUUUAUACUUGUAUAAUUCUUUAUUUUUGUAAUAUAUAAAUAUUUAAAGAUGCAUUAUAUAAGAGCUAAAUCUGCUUAUUUUAGGUCUUUAUUUUGGCUUCAAAUGUUUUAUAAAUUAUUAUUUAGAUAUAUAUUCACAUGAAAACCCUAUAAUCAACUCUCUAGACCAUCAAAUGGUGGAGACUUAACCUGAUUUAAAUAUGAUCGCCAUUUAAUGAUUUAAUUUUAUAAUGCAGAAACAAAUUUGAGUCUCGAUUAACAUGUGAUGUUGCCAUGAUAAUAAAAAAUCUAUGCCACGUCUUAUCAAAACUUCUCUUAGAAUCAAGUAAUUUGAAUUAAAUUUUCAAUAUAUUAAUUUUGAAUUAUCUAUUUUCUAUUUUGAAACUAUUAUGGCAAGAAUGGCCAACACUUUAUCUAAAUCUUACAUAAUACAUGUUUAAACUAAUCAAUAAUAUAUAUAUUACAUAUUUCAUUUUAAUAAUAUCGGUUUUAGGAAUUGAGAUGUGAACUUUAAUAAAAGGUAUUAUGAAUUAUAUGACAUAAAUUUUGAAAGGUAUUAUGAAUAGUCUGUGAUAUAAUACAAGGUUUUCUUUUUAUGAUUUUAAUAUUUAUUUCUACAUUUCCAUAAAGUAAAAAACAUUCCAAUUGAUGCAGUUUCCCAAAUAUUUAUAAUGGUAAACUUGGAUGCUCAUGUUGUAUUCCAAACUUAUUUGUAUCCAUGAUUAGGUGUUCUACACCAUAACCUCUUCUGAAGAUACUUCAUCAUAAGUAAAUGCAGCCGAGCUGCAAUGGGAGGUAUCCAAAUAGUUAAAAUAAUAAGACCUAAGUUGUAGAUGGUAUUGUUUCAGAUUUGAUUAAAACAUGUGCAUGGUUAAAACUGCUGAAAAUGUGUAAACCCUGAUAAUAAAAUCUGGUUAUUUAAAGCGAUAAUUUCAUAUUUUCUAAGAAAGUCAAAACACAAUUAUUUCUAUGUCUUUUGCUCAAUAGGUUGUCAACUCACUAUUAUAAGAUCAUAGGUAUUAUUCUCCCACUUAAAAAUCCUUUGACCCUGGAAAUAAUAACACAAUUACCUCCCUUGUUUUAUACCCCCCCCCCCCCAAAGGAAUAGCUAUCUUCAAACGUUUGAAUUUGAAGUUGAAAAUGAUAUUUUUGCCAAUUUCUCAACUGACAAUAGUGAAUUAUAGGAUUAAUAGGAUUAUUCUUUAACAAGGUAGGACUGUUAAUAGAUACCAUCUUUUUUAAGGCUUUAUUUUAAUAAUUUUUUAAAAUAUAACUUAAAAAUAUGAAAUUUCAACUUUAAUAUAGACAUAUUAUCUUCUUAUGUUUAUACCAUUUAAUAAUUGUGUUUUCUUUAUAAAAUAUCAGUCAAUGUAAAUCAAAAUAUUUGCUGUGAAUUAACACAAUGUUCAUAUAUAUAUAUCUAUACUGAGACACAAUAAAACACACUACUGAUUUGACUGAAAGUGCUGGCAAGACAUAAUGUAGCUGAAAUAUAAUUUUUGUAGCAAGCAUGAUUGUAGGCUUGACAUUUAACGACACAAGAAAAUCAAGAACAAACCACAGAUGAUGCCAUAACAACUUUACUUUACACUAAGGCUUGUAUGUGACAUAGAGUAGGGUCAAUUGCACAACCUCGUGGAUUUUCUAUUGAUCCUUCCACUGCUUUAGACUUAAAAGAUUCAAGUGUAUCUCUCAAACGAAACAUCAUCAGUUUAUAAAAGUGCUGUGUUUUCAUUGCAUCUCAGUAUACCUUGAACUGACAAGAUAGAGCUAUGUUUAUAGAUUGCAUUCCGUCCUGUCUAGAGAACAAGACAUUAUUAUUUAUGAUAUAAUGGCGUUUUAUUAAUUUUAAAAUUUAUGUUUUUUUAAUUUAUAUAGUUUAGAAUUCUUAAUUCAUCAGUUAUUCUUUUUUCAGAAAGUUUUUUAAUGGGAAUAAUGUGAAUUAAAUUGUCUCUCAACCACAAGCAUAUUUUGCAUAUUAGUGAAUGAAUUAAAACUGUUUUUUUAAAUACAGUUAUCAAUGGAGGGGUAUACAGACAACUCAUCCCAAAGACAACUCAUCCCAAGACAACUCAUCCCAAUAAAAGACAACUCAUCCCAAUAUAAAAGACUACUCAUCCCAACUUUAAAACAUGGGUAGAGUUAUAAGACAAGUUAUAAGACAACUCAUCCCAACAAAUUUAAGUGCCUGUUUUAAUACAAUUGCUUUCUUUGAAGACCACUCAGACCAAAACCAAUCUGAUUUUGUUAUCUUAAAUGGACAAUAACACUAUUGCUGGCUUGACAGCUCCAGAAAAUAAAUAAGAGCCUUAUUCUAAGUACUAGAUGUUUAAGUGUCCUACCGGUUGUGUAAAUUAUCCAUUACAUCCUAUUUUUUUUGUCCAGAGGGUUCGAAAAUAUUUUUAAAUCCAAGUCACAUUUGAAAAGCUUUACGUUAGGCUUUUCAAAUCAUUUAGUUGAAUUUUUCCAAUUUUUUAAAUUAGGUGCAAAUUUUCUAAGAAAGUCAAAACGUAAUUAUUUCUAUGUCUUUUGCUCAACAGGUUGUCACACUUACAAGUCAUUUACACAGGAAAUAAUAACACAAUUACCUCCCAUGUUUUCUAUUCUCCACCAUGGAGUAGCUUUUUUCAACGUUUGAAAAUGAAGAGAAAAAUGAUAUUUUUGCCAAUUUCUCGGCUGGCAAUAGUGAAUUGUAGGAUUAAUAGGAUUAUUCUUUAACAAGGUAGGACUGUUUAUGGAUACCAUCUAUUUUCAGGCUUUAUUUUAAUAAAUUUUAAAAAUAUAACUUAAAAAUUUGCUAUUUCCGCUUUAAGAUGAAAUUUGUAUCACCAAUUAAUUGGAAUAUUGUAAAAUAGUACAAUUUGUUGACCAGAAUAAAGAUUGGGACAUAUUAUUCAGUUACAACAAGAGUGGUAUUGAGCCUUUAAUAAAAUAAUGUAUUAUUUAAUAAAUUGUUGAUGUAAUAAAUAAUUUAACAUUAUUAUUUUUAUAAAUUGUUGAUCUAAUAAAUUCUUAUAUAAAUUGUUGAUAUAAUAAAUUUUUAUAUUACUGAUUAAUUCAAUAAAUAAAAAAAAAAACAAUAUUUGUUGCGGUAUUUAUUUGUAACUUGGAAUGAUUGGGUUUUUUAAAGUUGGGAUGAGUUGUCUUCUAACUUGGGAUGAGUUGUCUUUUGACUUGGGAUGAGUUGUCUUUUAUUGGGAUGAGUUGUCUGGGAUGAGUUGUCUUUGGGAUGAGUUGUCAGGUAUUCGAUGGAGGAGUGUGGUAGACGGAUACUUUAAAUAAAUUGUAUACCCUGGUAUGUGGACUAUAUUAUAUCAAUUAAGAUGAUAAUAUUGAUAGUUCUUUUUACUACAGUCAUCAAUUAUAUACGCAAAAAAUCUGUAUCCUCAAGGACGGUAAUAGUACAAAUGAAAAUAAUGUAUCAUAUCCAGUACUAUAUAAUAAAACGUUGAAUUAA